AUGUCUGAUACUUCCCGUAUAGCGUCAACUAACCCUUCUUCUACCUUGACUGACGGUACAUCCACUUUGGUUACACCUUCUAUCGAUAUAGCAAACAGACACGAUUCCAGCGCAGCUGAUAGAUAUGAUAAUACUGGCAUGGAGGAUAUGGAAGCAGGUUAUACAUUACCCAGUGUCUCAUGGGCUGAUCCCCAAACAUCCAAGGGGUACGAGCAAAGUUCCUACAAGAAAUUUACUGGGCGAAACGGUCGUGGUCGCUCCAAAGCACUAUCAAAGCUUUUUGAAGGAUACAAAUACAUGGAUAAAGAAGCUUCCUACCCUGGCGAAGAAAACGGAGAUUGGAUUCCCGAAUGGACCAUUCGAGAAUUCUUACAAACCAAUCCCCUCAUUCACCCAUUAUAUGACCUUUACGGAGAUCCAAUCCAGGGAGGCAUGUCCCGGCCACAACUCCAAGAACAGUAUGAUGCAGCUGUAGGAAAACAGAAAGAGAUAUAUAGCCGAUCUGAUCUUGAUCAUGGUCGAAAUCAUCUGAAGUUGAACCAAUUUCAUUUCACUCAUAUUCUUCGAGGUGUACGAUCGACCAUCAAUUCACCUUCUUAUACUGGAAUUUCCAAUAUCUUAGAUAGAGCUAAUGCUAGAAGGGAGUUUGACAAGUGCCAUCUUAGAGGUGAAUGUCUAACGAGUUUCGAUGAUAAGUCGAUAACCCUCACGUUGACUUCGUACGGUUUGGAUGAUAAGAAUAAGAAUAGAAGAUGGACAUCGAUCACCUUCAAAGCUGAUGGGGAUUUGACGUAUGGUUAUAGCGAUGAGGUUAGAGGCGAAGAGAAAAAAGAGGAAUCGGUAGACUGA